AUGAUCAUCAUACCCGAAAUAAGGUUGGAUAUAACUAGAAAGUAUGGAGACAGUGGUCCACGCCAGUUGGGGAUCCCAUUAACAGCUUAUGUCUCUGAAGCCUGUUCUAUGAACGGAUGGAAUCUAAGACCUGCUAGAUCUCCUGAAGCGGAAAACCUUCACAUUGCUCUGUGCUUUAUUCCGAUCCCAUCUCAGUCGUCAACACCGGACUCUUACUCAUGGCAGAUUGAUGGUGUAGACUUAACCUCCUUCUCAACUAAACGCACUUGGGACCACAUCAGACCGAGGGGUGAGUUGCAGGUAUGGGCUGAUGUAGUAUGGUACAAAGGUUUCGUUCCUAGUCAUGCUUUUCUUAUGUGGGUGGCUCACCUUGAUCGGUUACCAACUCGAUCAAGAAUUGCCUCUUGGGGGCUUCAGAUCCAACCGAAUUGCUGCAUCUGUAACCAUUACAUGGAAGACAGAGAACACCUAUUUCUAAGAUGCAGGUUUAGUGAAGAAAUUUGGAUUACAGUGACCAAACGGCUGGGUUACAGGCCUGUUUUGUUUCACACAUGGACUGCUUUUGUAGAAUGGUUAGGUCUAAGGGACUCUACCUGCCCAUCCACUCUACGCAAGCUUGUGUCUCAGGUUACAAUUUAUAAAAUCUGGAUUGAGAGAAACAACAGGAUCCACAAUGAUAUCUCCUCAACUCCUCAGGUGAUUUUCAAGAAAAUUGACAGACAAGUCAAGGAUGCGAUUCUAGUGAAAAAACAACGCAAGAACUUCAGAAACCUGAUGCAACAAUGGCUCAAGUAUGAGUAG